GCAGGUCCCGGGCCGAUGUCCCAGGUGAGUGGCCAGCCCCCUCACUGCGAUGCGCCCCAUGGCCCCAGCGCAGCCCCGGACCCAGCCCAGACCCCAUCCCUCCUGCCUGGGCUGGAGGUAGUGACAGGAUCUGCUCACCCUGUGGAGGCAGCGCUAGAGGAGGGCUCCCUGGAGGAGGCGGCACCCAACAUGCCCCAAGGCAAUGGCUCUGGGGCCCCCCUGGGCCUGGACAGCACUGACCUCGAUGUCCCCACAGAAGCUGUGACACGCCAGCCUCAGGGGAACCCCUUGAGCUGCACCCCACUAGUGGCGAAUGGCUCUGGACACCCCUCGGAGCUGGGCGGAACCAGGAGGACGGGAAACGGUGCCCUGGGUGGCCCCAAGGCCCACCGGAAGCUGCAGACACACCCAUCUCUCGGCAGCCAGGGCAGCAGGAAGAGCAAGGGCAGCACCAAAUCUGCUGCCUCCCAGAUCCCUCUCCAGGCGCAGGAAGACUGCUGCGUCCACUGCAUCCUGUCCUGCCUGUUCUGCGAGUUCCUGACGCUGUGCAACAUCGUCCUGGACUGCGCCACGUGCGGUUCGUGCAGCUCCGAGGACUCAUGCCUCUGCUGCUGCUGCUGCGGCUCUGGCGAGUGCGCCGACUGCGACCUGCCCUGCGACCUGGACUGCGGCAUCCUGGACGCCUGCUGCGAAUCAGCAGACUGCCUGGAGAUCUGCAUGGAGUGCUGCGGGCUCUGCUUCUCCUCCUGACCCGCAGGCUCCAGCAGCAUCCCUGGCUGUCGCACACGGCUGGCCCGCCCCUCCCUUGGGCCUCUCCCACCCACCCAGCCCGGUGAAGGGGGCUGCCUGUCCUCCUCCCUGGUUUCCCAGGACAACAGCACCUAGGACCUGGGGGUGGGGGGACCGCUCCUGAAUUAACUGCCAGGGCUGCUGAACACUGUGAAAGUGGGGGGAUCGGGCAGGGAUGUGUGGGGGCUGGGACGCCGGGGCUGUGCGCUUUUCUACCUCUCACUGCCCCUGUGCCUGCCUCCCCUGCAUGCCCCCCCAGCUUAGAGGACAGCAAAAUGUGAAAAGAGACACCCCACCCAACCUCAGCCAAGCCCCUCCCUCA